UCCUGUCCGUUCGGCAGAGAGGAGAAAAGCAAUUCAUCACCAGCAUAGUCGAACACACGAUUCAAUCGCCAUUCGCCGCGUUUCAGCGAUUGAUUAUGUUCGCCUGCAAUGUACGCAAUUUGACAGCGCCGAAUGUUUGAAAGGUUUGAAAUGCGAAAAUGACCACCGAGCAUGCCUUUCACGGCUGAAAACAUUCUAAAUAUAAUACGCAGUGCUGUGCAGGCGAGUGCGAGGAACGAUAACCUAAUAUAGCCAGCUACAUUGUCUCUUGCAUGUUAUACUCGUGAAAUGCUUGCCGCUUCUACGAAACAGGCUAGCCAGUUACAGGAUGACAGCAUGGUUUCAUAACAAGCUAGCUAGGAAGUGAACUAUUCACAUUGAUUAGAUCCAUUGCAAAUGUAGGCCUAUUAGAUUAGUAGUUGACCAAUGUCAUGACUGGUCGGCUGCUUUGUUUGAGAUCAAAUGUUAAGUUAUGAUGCCGAGUAGGCUUGAGGCGAACUAAACAGUGUGUUUCGUACCUGCAAGAGUUACUUGACGUUAGCUGCCCAGUCCCACUAUGAUUAACAUCCAUAUGUUGCUACGCUCCUUAACUCGGCGUGCAAGGUGGGCCAAAGUGCUUCCCAUCAGUAAACUCUGGCCGGCUGUGCUCCAGACAUCAACGCGGUCUCUCUCAGGGAACACUUACGGUUCAAUCCUGGAAUAUUCCAAAGCCAAUUUACAGUUCAAGAGCCAAGAGAGGUUGUUCAGGAGAAAACUCAGAGCAAUAUACAAGAGGUAUUCAGAAAUCCCGGACGACAUCGUGGUCCGGGGCCGUCGCCAUGUUUACUUUGAGGAAGGAGGCAGCGUCUACAGGAUGGGUCUGGAGCAGGAUGAGCAGAACGUGGAGGAGGUCCUGUGUAUGGAUGGCGGAGGCCAUGACGAGGCGGUUCUGCAGCGGGUUCGAGUCUCCCCGGGCGAGGGUAUGCUCGCUGCCACUCUCAGGCCCCCCGGGGGUGUGGACGAGGACACCAGGUGUGUCCUGGUGAGGCUGGGGGGCUCUCCCGCCCCCCCUAAACCACUGCUCACGCUCCACAGAGUCUUCAGCUUUGAAUGGGCUACGGAUGAGAUCCUGUUCUUCACCUGUCUGGAGGACCUCCGGUGCCGGCGUGUUUUCCGGCUGGACCUGAGCACGGCGGAGCCAGAACCCACUCUGGUGUAUGAGGAGCAGGACCCAGAGUUCUUUGUGGAAGUGAGCAGCUCCAGAGACAGGAAGCUGCUGACGGUGAACUGCAGCAGUAAGAGCAGCUCGGAGGUGUGGCUGAUUGGCUGCAGCACGCCCCUGGCUCCGCCCAGGCUGGUGCAGCCCCGCCUCCCUGGCCUGCUGUACCGCGUGGAGCACAGGGACCGGAGGCUGUACGUCCUCGCCAACACCGCGGCGGGGCGGGAGUACCAGCUGCUGCGUGCCCCUCUGGCCUCUCCCUCCAUGGGGAAUUGGGAGCCCCUGUUCACCCCUGCCCCUGGCACAGGCCUGAGGGACAUGGAGCUCCUCCGGGACCACUGCGUUCUGGCCGUUCGGACCCCCGGCGGUCCACUCGGACUCCGAGCCGUCCCGUUGGCUGACCCCACCUGUGUCUCCACUCUACAGCUGCCCUCCUGGGCAUGUGCGAUCGAGACCCGACCCGACCAGAUGACGGACAGCGAGAGCCUCAGGUUCCUCCUCUCAUCCCCCGUGCGCCCCCCUGUCCUGUUCCGCUACUCCCCGCGGGAGAACCAGCUCUCCGUACAGGAGGACCCAGCUGGACCCCCCGUGCCACACUACCACACCACACGCCUGGAGGCCCCCAGCCAGGAUGGCACGAUGAUCCCGCUCACGCUGUUCCAUGCACGUGCCUGGGGCGACCUGAAGGGGGCGCCGUUGCUGCUGCACGUGUACGGGGCCUACGGCCUGGACAUUCACAUGGGGUUCAGCCCUGAGAAGAGGCUACUGCUGGAGGAAGGCUGGGCCCUGGCCUACUGCCAUGUCAGGGGUGGCGGGGAGCGGGGCCUGGGCUGGCACCAGGAGGGGCGUUUGGAGGGGAAGCGGAGAGGGGCGGAGGACCUGGCGGCGUGCGCCCUGCGGCUCUUCCGCCUGGGCGUGUCCCGGCCCGGCGCGGCAGCGCUGACCGCCCGCAGUGCCGGCGGGGUCCUGGCGGGGGCGCUGUGUAACCAGCGCCCUCGCCUGCUGCGAGCCGUCGCCCUGCAGGCCCCUUUCCUGGACGUCCUGGGCACCAUGCUUGACCCCACCCUGCCCCUGACCAUCGAGGAGAGGGGGGAAUGGGGUGACCCACUGACUGAACCCCGACACCGGGACGACAUCGCCUCCUACUGUCCCUGUCACAACAUUACACCGCAGCUGUACCCCUCGAUGUUGAUCACAGCCUACGAGGCGGACCGGAGGGUUCCCCCGGCGGGGGUACGGCGGUACGUCCAGAAGCUGACUACGGCCACGCGGGUGCACAUGGACAGACACUCCGCAUCAGGAUCAGAACAUGCAUCCCCAUCCGUCGUUCUGGACCUGCAGCCGGGCGGAGACCAUUUUGGGCCGGAGGACUUCCACCUGUCCCUGGAGGAGGCUGCCCGACACCUCGCCUUCCUCUACCGGGAGCUGGGAUUGGCCGGGGGGCCGGCAGGAAGAGGCGCAGGCCGACGGUGAUGUCACAGUGACAUCACCAAUACUGCAGACAUGCGCCAGCCGGCAAGCAUAGGAUGGACAGACAGCGGGAUGAACGGAAGAACAGAAGUUUGGGGUCCUAAUCUCCCCACCGAUGUGAUGAGAUGGUGCAGGUGGGCAUGCACACACACACACAAAAGCGAGAGGGCUAAAACGUCCCAAUUCUCAAAGAAAGAGAGGCUGCCAAAUAUGAAAAUGUGCAAAUCUUUAAUUAAAAACAUUCAGACGAACAACACGUAUGGAACGGCUGGAUUGGAGACGCGCGGGAUGCAGACACAUUCGGGAGCCCCCCCACCCCCCAGCGCUGAACUCAGCACUUGUACAGGAUGUCCAGAGCGCUCAGGUAGCAGGCCUUGUGGGAGAUGUAGCAUUUGGAGGCGUGGUUGGGGUGCAGCCGCACGUCGGAGGAGUACUCCAGCACCAGCCCCUCCCCGGGCUCCGUCGGGAUCUGGCCCUUCCGCACGCGCUCCCCCGCCCUGCCCCGGGUGCCCACGCGGACCGUCAGCCCGUCGGGCAGCUCGGACACCCCGGAGAGGUCCGUCACCGCGGCGCCCCCGAAGUUGAGCAGCACCAGGAAGGCCCGGGGGUGCCCGUCGAGUUCCCGGGCGAAGGCCAGGACGUGGGCGUCUCGGUACAGGAAGCAGGCCCAGCCUCGGUGCAGCGCCAGCUCCGACUGCCGCAGCAGACUCAGGGUCCGGUACUGCUCCAGAACCGACCCGCUCUCCGUCUGCUGGACCUGGGGGCGAUAACGCUCACGUCAGCUCCUCUAACACACUCUACUCAACCUCUCCUACACGCUCGACUCAACCUAACACCUUACGUCUGAUUACAGUGCAUUUAGCAUGGGCAUAUUGCACUGAGCCUCAAAAAGUACUCAAAAUUUCAGUACAUUAUUUGUAUUGUGAAUUAGUACAGGGGCGGGCCUGUAGCGUAGUGGUUAAGGUAAAUGACUGGGACCCGCAAGGUCGGUGUUGAGGUUCUAAUCCCGGUGUAGCCACAAUAAGAUCCGCAAGGCCCUCAACCCUGCAUUGCUCCAGGGGAGGAUUGUCUCCUGCUUAGGCUAAUCAACUGUACGUCACUCUGGAUAAGAGCGUCUGCAAAAUGCCAAUAAUGUAAUGUAAUGUAGUUAUAUUAUAUAACAUUAUAAAUAUACGCUGUACAAUUCCUGUACUGCAAAUGUUUUCAUAUCAACAUAUGACUUGUC